UUUUGGCGGGCGGCAAACAGAUGCUAAAGUGUGUGUGCGCCUUGUACUGUACAGUGCUCCGCUUCGUUCGGCAACAACAAACGAAAAUAAUAGGCGAAUAGGCGAAAAAGUGUGUCUUUGCGUCCGUGCAGCAAGACACCGAGAAAGUAUUACUAACUAGUAGGUAAUUGGCACUGGCAUCCGAACGGGGAACAGUACCGAGGAAAGCGGACAGAGGCAGCCGAAUAAAAAAUUAAAUCAGCGUGGAAGAGCCAAGCGGCAUUCGCUUGCCUUGCGAGUUUUCGGAUGUUUGGUAUGACGGCUAUUCCUUGAAAACGGAAGGAUGGACUCGAUCGUUCUGCACUCGGAUGUGGCCCGGCUUGUUCUGGGCUACUUGGUUAACCAGAAUCUGCGGCGAGCGGCCCAUACCCUGUGUCGCACAUCGCCGCACCUGCAGCACGAGUUUCUCGCCCUGAAGCAAGGCCUUCAGACGCACAACUUCCUCAAUGGCGGGCUGGAGGACAUUAUCUGCGAGCACGUCAAGAUCACGGGCUUGGUGGCCACUGCCGUGCAAAAACUGCCUCUGGAGACGCGCCACCAGCUGCAGCAGCUGAAGCUGUCCGAGCGGGUCAAAGAACUGAUGUCGAUGUCUUCGACGGUGGAUAGGAGCGCCAGCGAGAGCAGCACUGCCGGAGGUGGCCCAUCCCAGGCGCACCGAAAGCGGAGGCGCUUAUCCACUCAAUCCCCGGGGGACUACUUGUCGUCGCCUUCCUUCAGCAAGCGGCCGCGCCUGCUUCCGCCUCAUUUUUAUUGCAGCCUGAGUAGUCGCGACAAGCCCAGGCCGAGCUUCCUGGCUAGCCAGGAUGACGAUGAGGAGGCGGAGCAGGAGGGGACCAGCUCUACGGCCACCGAUUUUGAGGACUUGUUGGAGAAGCUGCCGCCAGGUGAUGAUUCAGGGCCGCGGAACAAUUCCACUCCGCGGCAGGGCCACUCCGAGGCGAACGUGGUGCUAACACCGCAGUCCAUGCCGGAGCUGGCCAGUGCGAUCAUUAAGAACCAGGACUUCCAGAACACCCUGGUGAACAACAUCAACAUUGCGCUGAAAACGGUAACGGUGAACAGUCCGACAGUUAGCUGCGACGCCGUGCUAGACGGCUUGGUGAGGAACAUACUGGAGGCCACCGAGAAGGAUCCCUCGUUCGAUCGCAUCAUCCAGGAGGUGGUAGCCGGCGACCCACCGCUGACAGCGGCGGAGUGUGCAUCUCCGCCGCCAGCAGCAGAGGAGGCUAUGCUGGAGGCGCAGACAGAGCCAAAGCCUCCUGCCACAACUGGAGCAGCCAUGGCCGACUGCAUAGCGGAAGCAACUGCGAUUCAAAGGUCUCCUCCAGAACUGCAAGAUAGAGUGGACGCAGUGGAUCCAGCAGACCCCGUGGACCCAGUGCCGCCUCAAACGCCGCUCAUCAUUCGCACCGCCGGCAGCAUCGAUCCCAACUUCUCCAUCUCCAAGCUGAUCGUGCUGAAUUCGAACGAGAGCGUCCAGAAAAUGUUGGCCGGAGGCGACUUGGCGAACGUGAGCUUCGCUAGUGACGGCCUAAAUCUUAAUUUCGGGGAUCCGGCGGGCAUGAUAACGGAGGCGGAGGCGGCGGCAGCCGGCCAAGUGUGCGUGGACGCCACCACCGGGCAAAUGACGUUCCCCAUGUACCUCUCGAACGGCGGCCUGCUGUCGCACUUCCCGUUCCUGGUCAACAACGAGUGGGUGGCCCAGCAACUGGGUCCGGACGCCUUUGCCAACAUGGACGAUUCGCACAUUGAGAUCUCGCUGCCAGAGCCAAUAACGCUCUCCGCCAACCAGUUGCCGCCCAAUUCCAUAAUCAUUAAUAGUGCCCAGAAGCAGGCGCCACCUCCUCCGGCAGUGGAGCCGCCGGUUCAGCUGAUAGCUGACCUUAGGAAGACGGAGGAGAAGGCGCCGCCGCCAGAGGAGGAGGAAGAGCAUGGGGAUGGGGAGGAACAGCGAAAGUUGCCGCCCGCCUCCCUGGACUCGUCGCGGCAGGUCCUGGAACGGGUGACGCCCUCCACGGCGGGUAUAAUCAAUGUAAAAGCCUUCCGCAGCUUAUCCACUCCCCGCAAGAGAACCUCGCAUGUACGAACUUUAACUUUCUCCCCAAAGGUUCCUCCUGGCCGCGGCCUGCACCCCACCACGCCGCUCUCCACCCGGCGUCCUGGUCUGCUGGCCAAGGCCAAAGAGAAGCCGAUUAUCAACCACGUGGAGAUCAUCCAGCCAGCCUGCGAUCUCAGCUCGAACGACGGGCACGGCGGAGUGCCGCCCUUGUUCGCCAUGGAGGAGUGCAGCAAUCAAACGGUGAUCAAGGCCCACCCUCCAGCUGCAGCGCCGGCCGCGCCCUUGGUGGCCACCCCCAGGCGAAAGCAGAAGCGCCAGGCGGCAGUGAGGGCCUGCAAGCGCAUCAUCUCCCAGGCGGAAACCGAGAGCAAGCAGGAGCGGGAGAAGCAGGGACCCAAGAGCACUUCGGCCAACUCAUCGGCGCACGAUGACAGCGCCGAGGCCAGUAAGGAGAAUCUCCAGGGGGAGCAGCAGCAGCAGGAGCAGCAGCAUCAGGCGGAGGGGAAGCCCGAGGGCCGCCCAGGAUCCUCCGCAGAAGCGGCCGGCGAGGAGGAUUUGAUGGCCGCUUGGCAGCGCCAGCUGCACGGCUCCAAUACAGAUCUAGAGAACCGACUCCGCGAGAUCAACUCGAAGCGCGAGGAGACCGUGAAGGUCAGCGGCCGCCACAAGCGGCCAAAGAAGAAGGAGACACCGACUUCGGCCGCCUCCAAGGGUCGCAAGAGCGCGCUGGCCAAGAAACCGUUCAAGAAGACGGCGCAGCGUGGCAGCGGCGAUUCCCCGGAGAAGAUCAGUAUUAAGAUCACAACGCCGCACAAGCCAAAGUCGCUGAAAAAGAAGUUGUUGCCGGUCACAGAGCAAACCAAAGAGGAGGAAACAGAGAACCAAGAGAAGGCAACGGUGGAGGAGCUGGAGCAGAAGCAAAAGCCGGAGGAACCCGUUGACCUGGCUACGCCCAACAUGGCACUGCUGUUGGACACACCCUUCAAGGCAUCUCCCCUGGCAUGUGGAGCAGCCGGCGACGUCCCUGCCAUGGGCGGCGGUGAACCAGAAGUAGCCACAACUAGCGGCUUUGCGGCCACUGUGCCGCCAACGCCAGGAAUGGCCAUCGCACCGCUGGACACGCCCUACGGCAAGAUGCCGAGCAGCUCGUUCCUCUUCGGUUCGGACACCAAGAGCAUUAUGAAUACGCCGCAGCUGAGCGCCAUUACGCCGGGCUUCCGUUGCACGCCAUUCGGCCACAUUCCGGGAACCCCUGUGGGCAGCGCCGCCAAGACGGAAUACUCCUCCGGCAGCUCCUACUACCGGCCCGACGAGGCGGAGCACACGGAUGCAAAUGCCCAGUGCGCGAUACAACAGUGGGAGGGGGUUCGGGAGAAGAGGCUGGAGGAGCGGCACGAGUCCCCGACGGACAAGCCCAUUCCCAAGGAGCAGAGUCCCAAACUGAGGAGGAGCAGUGAGAGAGAAGAGCCGUUGGUGGAGAGCCAUCCCAGUGAGGAGGAGAGGCAUCUGCAGCCCAGGGAUCAGGCGACCGUUGUCCUCGCAGUGGAGCCCACGGUCCUUCGGCGCGUUCGAUCCUUUGGCAGCGAGGCAGUGGACUGUGCUGAGUCCGCCGCCGCUGGGAGCUGUCCCUCCGAUCAGCAGCACCCGCAUUACAAGCUCCUGCCCGGCCUGCCCGAGGCCAUCGUCGAGGUGUCAAACAGCUCCUGUUCCUCGGCCACUAGCUCGUCGUCGUCCAGUUCCUCCAGCUCCUCCAGCAGCUCAUCCUCCAGCUCCUCGUCGUCGCAAUCCUCUCAGAGCGAGAAUGGCCCGGAGGAAGGCGGGAACGCAGUGGCCAGUGGGACGGAGGACCUACUCAACAUAGACAAUCUCUCGAAUAUCAGCAGCACCGAGGACGAGGAGUGGAUAAAGGCGGCCACCGGCUCGCAAGAUGCCGUGCUGCCCAUGCUGGCCGUCGGUAGCCAGCCGGGCCAGUUGCUCAAUCAGGACGGCGAGGUGCGCUAUCCCAUACGCAACUGGCUGACGCCGAGUAAGGAGCAAGUAUCCGUCCCAGAGGCUGACACCAGCGGCGAGUCAUGUGGAGCACCGGCUCCUCCGCUUGCUUUCCCGACGACCGCUCGAGUAACUAGGGUCCUACCUCCUCCGCCUCCUCUGCCGCCACAGGUGUGUGCAGCUCCUCCGCCGCCACCCCCCGCAGCAGCUGUUGAAGGGCCACUACCGCCGCCGCCCGUGCCAUCCGUGGCUCUGCAAGAGCAACAGCAGCGUCAGCAGCUAGACGAGAAGCGUCAGCGGGUCAUGGCCAAGGUGAAGAUGGCCCAGCCAACUGUCAGAACGCAGGGCAAGAAGACAGCCGUUAAGAAGCUCACCGCCAUGCGGGAAACCGCCAAGUUGGCGAAUCCCAGCAGCCAAAAGUCACCCAAGAGGCGGGAGCACCUUGAGCCGAACAGGAUCCGGGCAGCUCCACCGCCACCAGCACAGAAGCCGUCGUCCCACAAUAUAGACGUUGUGGAGAAGGCAACAGAGGACCCAGAUCCCUCAGUCAGUUCCCCCAAGAACCCACCCGCCAGCGAAUUGGAUCCAGCCCUGCUCUUUGCGCUCAAUCUAUCGGCCAAGAAGCAGGAGCCCGCUGCAACCGCCGCCAAGUCCAAGGUCGGCCGUGCUGCGGUGGAAAUUGCGGCACAACCGGCGCCGGGCAAACGUGGUCGCCCCAAAAAGACGGUCACGUCGGCCAAAAUAUCCAUGCGCCGCUCCUCACGUCUGAUCGAUAAUAAACCAGCUCCGGAGGAGCCCCUGGCCAAAGCCCCCUCCGACAGUGACCUGACGAAGGCCGCCACGAAGGCGAGCGCAAAGAAGCCCGCCAAGAAACGUGUCGACGCCCGAAUUCCCGCCUCCAAGACCCCUUCCUCCGCUGCGCCACAGCUGUUGCCCAUGGUGGCGGAGGCCGAGUCCACACAGUCGUCGCCACCGGAGCAGCGUCACCAGAUUCCAUCAGUGAUGCCAUGCCAAGCCCAAGCCCAGUCGGAUCUCGCCGGUCCUGCUGGCGACAGCGACAACGAGCUGGACAUGUGCCUGAGCAGCAGCCGGGAGAGCUGCACCUUCCACUUUUCCUACGCUGACCAUGGACCCAAGGCCAGUAAUUCGGGGACACGUCCAUCGGCGUCCUAUUUCAGGAACUACCAGCUGCGGCUGAUGACAGGGGACGACCAGCUGCACACGAUGCGCAUGGCAAGUGCCCAGGUGCUUCAUCUGGGGCAACCGCUGGCUGGAGCCAUUCGCAACAUACCCAAGAAGCGGAUACGGCGUCUGACCAGCAAUAGUGGCGCAUCGGCGCCCGGGCCAAGUGCAAGUGCAAGUGCGAGUGGUGCCGGCACGAGUGGAGUGAGCAUUCGGCCCUCGGCCACAUCCACGCCGUUGGCGGACAAGCCGCCGCCAGCAUCGGGGACGGAACCAUUGCCGCAGGAUGACAAUGAUCUGGAAGUGGCUGCCAUCAACACAACUCCAAAGAAGGCAAUCAGAAGCAGCAUAGUCGGAGUCGAUAAUCGGCAGGAGGGUCAGCCAGACCUGUUAAGGGAGCCGCUGGGCGAGAACCACACGGUGGAGAUUGAGGACAUUGAGUCGAUACUGUCCCACCUUCACGGCACCUGAUUGGAGCUCCCCGUUAGAGAUAAGCCUAGGCAAUCAGUCGAAACAUCAAGUGAAUUAACAUCGUUUAUAAUUAAGCCAUCAUUUUACUCAUGCAACCUGCCACCUGGCAACCUUGGGGCCCAGUGACUGGUCUCGGGGAUCGCUAAAGAAUCGAUAUCAUUAAUUUUUUAUUUAUUUAUUUUCGUCGUAAGCCAAGAUUGAGACGAAGCAGUACAUCCUGUGCACACAACAUUCUCAGAAGAAUUUACCAGAUAAAUCGCUAAGUUAUGUUUUCAUUAUUCAUAUAUUACAUAUAUAUAUAUAUAUCAGAAUAUAUAGCGCUGUAUAUUGAUUUAAAUGUAUAUUGAUUUACCUAUUAAGCGCCGUUUUUUUCUCCCUCUCCUAUCUGUAAGGCCUUUAGAACAAAAACCGAUGUACGAGUGUUUCCUUUAUUAUUUUUUUUUUACUACAUUGGAUGAACUGAAUAUAAGGAAAUA